AUGUUCAGCUUCUGGUCCAUUGUUGUCUCGUGGCCUAUUCGUUUGGUCUGUCGAAUGGUUACUGUGCUGAUGGUAGCGUCAUUAGCGAUGUCGAACUCUGAGUCCUGUGCGAGCGUAUUUGAAACUCAAGUUGGUAAGUAAACGCACCAGUGGCGGAUCCAGCCCGAGCCCCCUCUUAUUUUUAUACCAAACUGAGGCCCAAAGGGCCGAAUAAAACCUUUUUUGAGACUGCCCCCCCGCCCUUAUCUCAGGGUCUUGAGGCGAGGCUGCGAAUAACAGCGAACAUCACCACUGAUGAAGGGAUCGGGAUGGGUUCCAAAAGCUUUGCUAAACUUUCAACAAAUUGUUGGUGUUGAGGAAUAUUUUUUGCAAUUGCGUGAGUUAGAAUGAUUCUGGGGCGUGAGCUUUUUUAAAUAAUUUCCAAGUGGUCAAUAACAUAUUGAGAUUUAGUUUUCAAAGUCAAAUUACUUUUAAACUCCUCUGAAACUCUUCAAUUUCAUACACGCGGUAAUAUUUGGAAUAAAAGGCACUGCCAUCAUUUUUUCCUUGCCCCAGUCACGGUUCAAAAUAUGGGUAACGCUAAAACCUUUUGAUAAACCUCUAGCCAGUGCCGUAUAGAGCAAUUGUUUGCCCUAUAUACUUUGACACUGGAACUGUUGCCUGGUGUCUUUACAGAACCCCCCAAAAAUCUAUGCGCCAUUUUAUCACAUUUUCUCCUUUUCGGUUAAUUUUUUGUUUGUUUGUUUUUGUUACGUUAACUUCUCCUUUCCUUUUCUCUUUUUGCUCUCUCUUUUUCUGCCUGUCUUUUACGUAAGUAUUUAUAAAUUUCUUUCCUUCUUUCUCUCUUUUUUCUUUCUUUCUUUCCUUCUUUCUCUCUUUUUUCUUUCUUUCUUUCUUUCUUUCUUUCUUUCUCUCUCUUUUUCUUUAGUUAUUUGUUUCUGCUUUGACAAUACCUGCUUGUAUAGCAUCUUAGUAAAACAAUUAUCUGUAUUAUUUCGAAGAUGGACCACAACAAAAUCAUGUGAAAAUAAUCUUCCUGCUUCAUGAUAAGCUCAACGGUUUUAUUGUGUAAUCCUUCGUUUUCUUAUCCGGUUUUCAGACCAUACUUUGGUUGGUCAUGUCAUGAAUACGUCUACUGUGGCUAACAAGUUUGAAUGUCAUCAAAAAUGCAUCGGAAACAACAACUGCAAGUCGUUCAAUGUUCAUCCUGGUGUGGAUAUCACAAAACGCGUUUGUGAUCUGAACAACAAAACACGGGAGAUGAAGCCGGGUGACUACAUAAAGAAGAAAGGAUCUUCUUAUUAUGGACACAUUAAGGUC